CAGGUCUAAAACAAGAGCUCGUUCUAUUUAUUUGGCAAUGAUGCUCUUAAGUAGCUGAAGAUCAUUAACAUGCGCCAUCCCAUUAAAUAUAGCUGAUUUUAUGACAUUCGCACUCGUUGCAGUCAGUUCGGGCAUUCAAUUGGCUCUCAAACUCGAGUUUCAUUUCGAUGGCCUUGUUUAAAUUGACUUGUCCAUAUCGUCAUGACCAUAUCGCCUUGGCCAUAUCGUCUUGGCCAUAUCGUCUUGGCUGUAUUAUCUUGUCCGUAUGGGUUUGUGCAGACUUGUUUUCUACGCCACGUUAAACACCUCAGCGUGGGUUGCGUCCCAUACCACUGCGAUGCUGUCGGAGCCUCGAUCCUCAACAGCGGCGACCUGCAGGUAUGCGUGAAGAGUGUGAGGGUCACACGAGAUAAAGAGAACGACCUCCUGCUGGCUGUGAGGCAUAGAAAGCGGGAAGCAAAGAAUAAGAAGAGGAAAGGUGAGAAGCAGCAAAUAAAGGCGAGCAGCAACAAAGAAGGAAUGGUGUGAAGUUGAGAUAGAGCGUUGGAAUGAAGGAGCAAAGUCGCGAGAUAGAUAGGCGCAGUCAGUAUGAG